AUGGUGAGGAGGAUGACCUCAACGGCGCAGUCGUGGAAGAUGUUCCUGAGCCAGGAGAAGGCGGUGUUCUUGUGGCGCUUGUACAGCAGCCCCACCUGCUCCUUGAUGAUCUCCUCCGCCUGAGGGCAUGAGUCCUUGUAGAAGUUCAUCACCAAACCAGUUUCCUCCGCCUCAUCCGCAGCCGACGCGGGCCUCAAGCCUACGGCGGACAGGGAGAGGAGGACGAAGAAGAGAAGCCCCAGAUAACCCAUCCCCGCCGCCGCCGCCGCUCUAA